CUCAUGUACCCCAUCUCCCCCCGUAUAUGAUCUCCGCUUAAUCAGCUUGCGCCUCUCGUUUGACUCUCUAUCUCACUUUCUGCCGCACCCAUGAAUAUAUUCACCCCCAAUCAUGUGCAGCUGCUCAACGCCUGCUACCCGCCGACCUCGGCGCUCCUCACGUCGGGUCCUGGUUUUAAUCCGAAUUCACAGGAGCUGAGCAAGCUCACUUACUAUGCGCUGAACCACCCGGCCAAGUUAACGAAGCUCGGCAGUGAGCUGGAUAAGAGGAUCAAGUACGAGGCGCGCAAGGCGCAGGCGGGGAACAUGCGCUCCAAAGUUCUGGUGCUUAUGGACUUGGCCGUCUACCGCGCGCUCGCGACCGAAUGCCGACGCGACAUUGCCCUGCUUUCCCCCUCCCUCAUGUCAUCCAUCGGCGAAGUGAUGCGCUGCCUGUCUCAGGAUCUGGAAGUCGCUGCGCGCGCCGCGAGUGUGUUUACUGCGUGGACGACGUAUACGGACGGUCAUCUGAUAGGCGCCGACGCAACCUUCACUCAGGAUUACCUCGCAGUGCUUCAGCGCUUCUCCGAGCUUGCCUCUAGCUCUGCCUCGGAUCAUGAGCUACGCAAUAGGACGCGCCUAGUCGGAUUCGGCGCAAUCAUGGGCGCACUAACGUCCGAAGCGCUCUACAACGACUCCGCCCAGUUCCGCGAGCAGGUUUCCAUCCUCAUGCGGCCGAUCCUCGUAAACAUCUUGCAGGCGGACCUGCACACCCUCUCUGAACAGGCGCAUCACAUCAAGGAAUCCCCGAUAUCCCCCUACCUGGCCGAGUUUCGGACGAGACCCACCAUGGAGCGCAGAGCGGCGUCAAUACACCUGCACAUUGACGGCGAAAGGGGACCCUCCAAUAAGGAUGUCUCCAACGCUGCAUUACAUGCACUCUUGUCGCUGCUAGACCACGUCAACGGCGGGCAACUCGGCUACAUCAUGCGCUCGGCCUUCGACAACCUGGACGGCUUGAAUGGGUGGAUACAGAAGGAGCACUGCUGUUGGCUUGCACAGAAGGCCGCUGACUGGGCGCGCUAUCAAUACAGAUAUGCGGUGCCGACCUGGCUUGUUGAACGCUUGCUGGAAAGCCAGGAGACGCCUACGGCAACACCACAGCACACAGCGCUCGUGUCUAUGGUCACGACGGUCUUCAGCUCGCCUACGCCCCUCAUCAACCUGUCGACGUCGGAUAUAAUAUCCAACCUCAUCACUUUCCUGAUCAAGCGCACGCAUGUGAAUGCUACUGACACCCUGCUGCCCUCGCUUGUGGAAUGCAUCUCGUCUUUGGGCUGCCAUGUUUACUACGCGGACCAAAUUCAGGACCUUGCGGGCGAGCUCAUCAGUCGAUUGACAGCCAUCGAGACGAAAGACAUCUCUUCGGCAAGCAAGCCAGAACACAAUCAGAGCAGGGCAGAAUCUAUUCGCUGUCUACUCGCGGGCCUUCUGGGACUCAUCGUGUCUGCCAACAAGCACGAGCCACAGCAGAAGCAGCGGCGUGACUCGCGCGCCCGCAGCCCAACGAUGUCCAUUUCGAGUCGGCAUCGCGUCUCCUCCGAGACGGACGGGGUUCCCAGGGAGCGCGUUCCUCGGCGAACUCGUGUGCUACCCUCGGUCUGGCACGACACGCUUAGCUUGCUGUGCGAUCCCGAGUAUGCUGUGAGGGCCGACUACGCGGACGCGCUGAAGUUCUACCUGGCGGAGGAGAUGCCCAAGGACGAGGAGCCUGUCGCCGAGGGGUCCGAACAGGCACCGCAGCCCUCCGAGGACGAGGUCCAGAGAGCAACAAACUUAGCCAUGAUCCUGCAAGGCAGCGACGGCGGGACGAAGCUAGUACAAGCCGUGCACGCGUACUGCUACCUCCUCGCGACGACCUCUGCACUCGAGCGCACAGUUUCUCCGCAGCCAUCGCCCUCCGGUCGUUCCUCCCCAUCCGCCUCGUCGCGCAAAUUCGACACCGGGACGUCGGAUGCGGCGACGCGGCGCUCGUACGCGCCGAUCCGGGGGCGCAAGCUGUCGGUCGUGUACCGGUUGCUGGACAGGGAGACGCCGCGCGUGACGGCGUCCGCAUCGGCGAACUUAUCCGACUACGCGCAUAUUCUGGAGGUGCAGACGGUCUUGCAUCAGCAGUCGCCGGUGAGGGCGUUGAUGACGGGUGUGCCGGCGCUGCUGGCUAUGGCCAACACGACGGAGACGGAGGAUUCGGGGGCGAGCCAGCAUGUUGCGGCGAUACACCUCGUGCUUGCCGAGCUCUGGUUGCGGAUAGGAAAGAUUUGGAAGUGCGAUGAUCUGGUCAAGCUGGCGGAGGCGGCGCUAUCGACGAAGCCCGCUUGGCUUACUCUUCCGCCGUCGCCAGAGGCCCAGGUUGGCACCUACCAUCCACCACAAGAGCCUGUCGACUUCCCGACUGCAGACAAUGACAGCAUAUGGCGUGGUGUCGACGCUCAGUCGGCAAUCAUGUCGCUCAUAUCGAGCGCUCACGUCCAGCGUGCGACCGGCAUAGAUCAGCAGGGCCUUUUGAGACGACUGGGCGCUCACUGGACUGCCGACUCCGCCCUUCUUGACACUGUCGAAAAGUCCUCGUCAACGUCGUCUUUGAAGGACGAAGGUGUCUCACCUUUGCUCAAGAUUACGCCGGCCCUCAUGCGUGUCGAGAACAACAUGUCUAUAGCCAGCCUUGCGCGUUCAACGCGCGGGGUGGGCGUCACUGACUUACGGGAGGCGCUCGAGGGCCGGAAUAGCGUCACGCUUUCCAGCACCGCGCUCGCGAAGCCCGCGUCCAUCUCGACCGCCGACCACGGCUCCUCCGUCUACGAGGGCGGCAGCCGCCUCACGCCGACGCGCUCCCGCAACCGCGCCAAGCGCGCACCGCCAACGCGCCCGGGCGAGGUGCGCGACGUGCUCAGCAAGCUCGGCAUCGGGAAGCAGACGCCGAACCUGCUCAAGUCGACGCUGCAGCGGCCCGACCAACGGCAAGUCACCGCCUGAUGCAUGGUAGACUGCGCUGACGUGCGAGGACGUCCUUAGAGGUCACGGCGGGAAGGACUAGCACGGGAACGAAACUGGCACGAGGAAGACCAGGGCUGUCGAUAGGUA